AUGGGCCUAAUCGUCCACAUCCUAGCGCCAACUGGCCGAGCAGCCCUCCAGGUCAGCGGUGUGUCGACGUGGUCCUACAUGGGGUGGACGCCCGAUCACCACAAGCUUCCGAUAGGGAAGCUGAUAACUUCAGCGUUCCGCAAGCACAUCCGGCGACGUCUCAAGAGCACCGACGUGCUCAUUAUCGACGAGAUAAGUAUGGUCGAGAACCAUCACCUGGAGCGUAUGAACAUCUGUAUGAAAGAGGCCAGGCGAUGGAGGCAGGACACUCCGGCACCGUUUGGCGGAGCACAGGUCGUCGUGACAGGCGACUUCUGCCAACUGCCUCCAGUGAAGCCCUUCCAACGUUGCAUCGUCUGCGGACAGGAGAUGGAGGCGGACGAUUACGAAGCCGAGUUCAACUGCCGUCAGAAUCAUGGGCCAUUCAAGGAGAACGAGAAAUGGGCGUUCAUGAGCAAGGCGUGGGAAGAAUGUAAAUUUGCACAUGUGGACUUGAAACAGAUCCAUCGACAGAACGACGAACAUUUUCUUAAGAUGCUGCAAAAAUGCCGACUUGGGAUCCCAUUCUCGCGCGAUGAGACGGAAACCUUGAAUAAAUCAUCCGUGCAAUGUUACCAAUGCCACGCGACUCUUCUCGACAAGGAUUGA